AUGACUUCAAUUAAUUCUAAUUCUAAAGGUAUUGGUGUUAUUAAACAAAAUGAAAUUGAAAAAGAAGGAAAUGAAUAUACUCAUAAAUUUCCUAUUUCAAAAAAAGAAGUUGAUGAUAUUGGAGGAGAAGAAUUAAAUGAAUUUGAAAAGAAAUUAACAAAAGAACCAUUUCUAAAUAUGUUUAUUAAAAGAACAGUUGAGCAAGGAGAUGAUUUAUUAUUUAAUGAUUUAGUUAGUUCAAAUCAUAGAGCUAUUUUAGAGUAUUUUGAUAUUACAACAGGUGAUACAUUACUUCAUAUAGCAAGUAAAAAUUGUCAUGUUAAUAUUCUUAAACAAAUUGUAGGAUUAAUAAAUUCAUAUUCACCUACAAUUUAUAUUGUUAAACAAAAUAUGCUUGGUUUUACUCCUUUAAUGUAUUCAAUAGAAAAUAAUAAUUUGGAAUGUACAUUAUUUUUAUUAACUUGUGGGAUUAAUAAUCUUAUAGCAGCUCAAACUAGAAUCGAAAAUAAAACGGCAUUACAUUUGUUAACUAAAAGUAAAUUUUCAAAGAUUUAUAAACAAAUGAUUUUUAAUUUAAUGCAUUUAUCUUUGGAACAAAUUAAUGUUAAAACAAUUUAUGGUGAAACUGCUCUUGAUAUUGCAAUGUAUAAUGAAAAUAAUAAUCUUCUUAUUAAAUCUCUUCUUCAAAGAGGAGCAAAUCCUACAGGAAAAUAUGUAGGAAAUAUAAAAUAUAUUGAUAAUAAUGAUUUUAUUCAAGAACAUUUAAUGUAUCGUUUUGAGAUUAAUCAAAAUCACGAAGAUAUAAAAGAAGUUAUGAUUAAAUCUUAUAAAAAAUAUGGACAGGAUGAUAUAAAUAUUGUUUUAUUAAAAUUAAAAGCAUUUGUUAAUGGAUUAAAUAAAAUGAGUCUUAUAUCUGAUUGGAAAAAAUUAUGUUUUAUAAAAGAUGAAUUGGAUUAUUCUAAUAUAUUUGAUGAUAAAAUCUUUGAAACAGAUGAAAAACAUAAUUUUCUUAAUAAAUAUCUUGUUGAAUUAGAAUUAGAUGAUUUUAAAAACCAUUUGGUUAUUCUUGCUCAUGCUAAAAAACUUGGUGGACAAUUAAAAGAAAAAAUUGAACCAACUAAUAUUAGUGAUGAACAUUUAUUAAUGAAAUUAUUUGAAAUAAAACAAGAAUGUAUUGAACGAUUAGAAAGAAUCAACAACUUAGAUGAUACAAUAACAAAAAUAAUAUUUAAAUUGAAUGAAAUUGUUUUUUAA